AUGGAAUUUUAUCUUCGAGUUAUAAAAGAAAAUUAUACAUAUCAAAUGGGAAUUUUCCUGAAAGUGAAACCAGUUGAAUAUCGAGCAGGCGACAUAAAUGGAAUUCCAAGGUUUUAUGUAUAUAUACCCAUUUUAGAAUCUCUUUCAAACCUAUUAAAACAUGACAGCAUUUUGUCAGAUGUUUUACAGAUAAAUCAACCUAAUAGUAAAAUGUUUUCUGAUUUCAAUAGCAGCUACUUUUGUAUGAAAAAUGAAUUAUUUUCAUCAGGUAUUACUUUACAAUUGCAUCUCUACUUAGAUGAAAUAGAUAUUUGUAAUCCACUUGGAAUGUACAAAAGCAGACAUAAAAUAUCAUGCCUUUAUUACACACUUCUUAACAUCAUUCCCAACCAUCGUUCACAAUUACAAGCUAUUCAACCAUGUCUCUUUAUAAGAUACACAGACAUGAAAAAUUUUACUCUACAGAAUACAGUGAAACCUCUUCUAGAAGAUUUGAAGGUUUUGGAAACUCAGGGGAUCUACGUUGAAAAACUAGGAAGAUGCUUAAAAGGAAGUGUUGCUUGUGGAUUUAGCACAUCCUUUUCAUCAAACACCUCUCGCGUCUGCAGACACUGUCUUAUUCAAAAGCAAGAUAUUGGCAAAGUAAACAUUGAUUCAAUUAAGAGGACGAAAAAUAAUUAUGCUUAUCAUUUAUCUCAGAUAGCUAUUGAUAAAAGUAAUGAAGUGAUAUAUGGUAUUAACAGCAAUUGCCCAUUUAAUGAGCUCAGAUAUUUUCACGUCACUGAAGGAUUACCUCCUGAUGCAAUGCAUGAUUUGCUGGAAGGUAUUGUUCCGUAUGAGAUAGCCCUGAUAUUAAAACAUCUUAUAUUAGAUAAUUAUCUGAAUUUUGACUUACUGAAUGAACGUAUUAAAUCUUUUGUUUUCAAGGGGUCUGAUAAAGCGAACAAAAUUUACAAAAUAGACCCUAAUUUUAGUGCUAAGAACACAAUAGGUGGUAAUGCUUCAGCAAAUAAAACUUUAAUAAAACUAUUACCACUCAUGAUUGGAGACCUUAUUCCAGAAGAUAAUUCAUGUAAUUAUUGGAGCUUGUUAAUUAUAUUAAAAAACAUAGUAGAAUUGGUAUUAUCUCCGGAACUGAGUUUAGAGAUGAUUUCAUACUUAAAAUACUUAAUAGACUUACAUUUAUCUAUGUUUAUUGAUAUUUUUCCUAAUGAAAGACUGAAAAUCAAACAUCGCAACCUGGAGCAUUACCCUGAAGCAGUCAUGAAUUUUGGCCCACCAGUUAAUUAUUGGUGCAUGAGAUUUGAAGGAAAACACUGUUACCUUAAGUCUAUAUUGAAAUCAGGAGGAAAUUUCAAAAAUCCUCUGAAAACAGCAGCUGAAAAAAUUAGUCUUUUGUCAGCAUACCACUUAUCCGGACAAAAGUUUUUCAAUCCAGAAGUAGUUACUGGUAAUACAACUCCAAUCCAUAGAUCUUUAAUUAAAGCACAACUAUUAAAUAAUUUAGAUCAUAUAAAUACGAAACAAAGUUUCUAUACACAGUGUAAAAAUAUCAAGAUGAACUGCAAGAAACUGAACUGCAAGAAGUAUGAACUGCAAGAAGUAUGA